AUGUUGGGAUACGCUCUUGCCUUGAUUCCCCUUUACUUCUUCAUCUAUCUUCCGGUCUCAUCGAUGCUCCAUGGGACUGCACAGAACCCUUCAGACCGAGACAUUGUGAACUUCAAUUUCAAUGUCUCAUCCAUCGCCAGUGAUGAGCCCCUAUCUUGCCCUCCUCACAGCUACACGACUCACAUUCUCUCUCAUGAGCCACUCAUCAUCUACAUUGAGAACUUUCUCAGUGCUGACGAAUCUGCCCAUCUUCUGAAGAUCAGUGAAGACAAGUUUGAGGCCUCAACUGUCUCUACUGGGACUGAGACGUCCGUUCAAAAAGAUAUCCGUUUCUCAGAAGUCGCCGUCAUAGACCGUGAUGAUGUUGUCAGAUGUAUCGAGCAUCGGGCGAGAGCUUUCCAAGGAUGGAAUCCAGAUCUUCAUAUUGAACGACUCAGGACUCAACGUUAUGCAGUAGGAGGCCAUUAUAAGCAUCACUAUGACUGGAGUGGUGCCAGUCGAGUAGCCGAUCGCGUGAGCACUUUCAUGGUAUAUGUCGACGCAGAAUGUGAAGGUGGAGGGACCAACUUCCCGAGGAUCAGGAUGCCGGAUGUGAAAGAAGGGAGAUGGUGUGAGCUUUUGGAAUGCCAUGAAGUUGCUGGUAAUGAGAAUAGAGGACCAAAGCUAGGAGUUACAUUCAAACCAAUCACGGGGAAUGCUGUUUUUUGGCACAAUCUGGCAGCGAAUGGGAGGGGCUAUGAAGAGACGUAUCACGCUGGGCUGCCGAUAUUAUCAGGACACAAGGUUGGUCUGAAUAUCUGGAGCUGGGGCUCGAGACGGAUGGGGUAG